AACAACAAACAAGUUUUCCCCAAUAAACUACACUACCCACAAUCAUGUGCGCGCCUUUCAGUUCCGGGUCGCUGAGCCGCCUGUCAGCAGCAGAAAGUUCCAGGUUGAUGUGUAUGUGCGGAGCGCUGCGAUGCCCCUCGAGGUGCGAUGGCCUUUCCCACAAUGCCCUGCUCUGGCGUGGAGGAUCUCCAGCUCUCUGAUCAUGGGCAUGGUCGGCUCCUACUCGUACUUCUGGACCAAGUACAUGAACUGUCUGACGGUCCAUAACCACGAGGUUCUGUUGGAUCUGGUGGACCACCGGCCUGCUGACACGCCGCUCCUCACGCUGUCCAACCACCAGUCCUGUAUGGACGACCCGCACAUCUGGGGUGUACUGAAGCUCCGACAGCUGUGGACCUUCAACAAGAUGCGCUGGACUCCAACAGCUUCUGACAUCUGCUUCACCAAAGAGCUGCACUCGAGAUUCUUCAGCCGAGGGAAGUGUGUUCCCGUCUGCAGAGGAGAUGGCGUUUACCAGAAAGGGAUGGAUUUUAUUUUGGAGAAACUGAACGGAGGAGAAUGGGUGCACAUUUUUCCAGAAGGAAAAGUCAACAUGACCCAGGAAUGUAUUCGGUUAAAGUGGGGUAUUGGUCGGCUGUUAGCAGAGUGCUCCUUGGAUCCGAUCGUCCUGCCGCUCUGGCAUGUGGGGUUGGGGGACGUUCUACCCAAUGAGAAGCCUUACGUUCCUCGGGCUGGAAAGAGAAUCACCGUCCUGGUGGGAAAACCGUUCACUGUGACCGAGCUCGUUGAAUCUCUCCGAGCCCAAAACAAGAGCCAGAUGGAGAUGAGGAAGACGUUGACUGAUUUGAUCCAGAGAGAGUUUUGGAGCCUCAAAGUCCAGGCCGAGGCGCUCCACGGCCAGAUCCAGACCAGAUCCUGAUACAGACCAGACCCAGACCCAGAUCCAGAUCCUGUUCCUGAGUCCCAGCCGCCAUGCCUGACUGUAUAUAUAUAUAAAAGACUGAUGAUCCUUUACCCUGACUGAGGGUAACAUCUUCACACACACACACUCACACACACACACACACACACACACACACACACACACACACACACACAUACACACACACUUCCUGUUCUCUCUGGAGCUACAUUCCUCCAGCCCGGGUCUUGAGUCUCCGAGACAUCACGGCAGGUUUCUGCAUCGGUGGAAAACAGGACGUUCUCUGUUAAUGUUUCAAACAGAAUAGGAUAAACAGAUUAAAAUAAAGAUGGAUGGUUUGGUAACGUGCUGUCGAAGAUCUUGAAUGAUUUGUCUGGACAUGAAGUAUCAUUAGUCUUACUCAUAUAAGGGCUGGGUGUCCCCAGUGAUUUACUGAAGGUCCUGAUUCUAUUCCUUCUCUGAUUGGAUAUCAGUCAGGUCAGGGACAUGUUCCAGUCCCCGUUUAUCUUGGAUAGAAAGGAGAUUCUCAGACUUUUAGACUCCCAAACUGUUAGGAACAGCUCAGACAGACCGCAGUCACUGAUCUGCAAUAAUGUUUGCAUGUUUAUUCACCGUAACCAUGAUCUUUCUCUAACCUUACCGUUAUAACCCUGAAGGUUUCAGUCACCGUGGUUACCGGUGAGGACAGUUUAAUACUUCAUCAGGAAUACAACAGCAGAGAACCAGCUGUUUGUUUACAAUGUCACAAAUGAACUCAGGUUGUUUUAUUAAAGAAAUCUGUCAGUAAUCAGUUUUCCCAUCAUGCUUUGAGCCGUCUGAUUCCCCGCUGUAGGACAUCCUCUGUAGUGUUUAUAACCCUUACAGGACACUCUCUGUAGUGGUUAUAACCCUUACAGGACACUCUCUGUAGUGCUUAUAACCCUUACUAGCCCUCUGUAGUGUUUAUAACCCUUACUAGCCCUCUGUAGUGUUUAUAACCCUUACAGGACACUCUCUGUAGUGUUUAUAACCCUUACUAGCCCUCUGUAGUUUUUAUACUAGCCCUCUGUAGUGUUUAUAACCCUUACUAGCCCUCUGUAGUGUUUAUAACCCUUACUAGCCCUCUGUAGUGUUUAUACUAGCCCUCUGUAGUGUUUAUAACCCUUACUAGCCCUCUGUAGUGUUUAUACUAGCCCUCUGUAGUGUUUAUAACCCUUACUAGCCCUCUGUAGUGUUUAUAACCCUUACUAGCCCUCUGUAGUGUUUAUAACCCUUACUAGCCCUCUGUAGUGUUUAUACUAGCCCUCUGUAGUGUUUAUAACCCUUACUAGCCCUCUGUAGUGUUUAUAACCCUUACUAGCCCUCUGUAGUGUUUAUACUAGCCCUCUGUAGUGUUUAUAACCCUUACUAGCCCUCUGUAGUGUUUAUAACCCUUACUAGCCCUCUGUAGUGUUUAUAACCCUUACUAGCCCUCUGUAGUGUUUAUAUUAGCCCUCUGUAGUGUUUAUAACCCUUACUAGCCCUCUGUAGUGUUUAUAUUAGCCCUCUGUAGUGUUUAUAACCCUUACUAGCCCUCUGUAGUGUUUAUAACCCUAACUAGCCCUCUUUGAGCCGUCUGCAGCGGGGAGCUCUCUGUAAUACUAUAUAUUUUAUUGUUUUGUUUUGUAGACACGUUGCUGAUGAACGAUCGCUGUCCUCGUUAUGGUUGUGUUUCCUCUGGCUCCUUCACAAUAAAAGCCUCCCUGAGCUUAUCCAGCUGAAGGCUUUUAUUGUGAAGCAGCAGCAGUAAGAAGUGAUAGCAUUAGCAUUAGCAUGAUCUGUGAUCCGUCUGCAGGAGAGAGAACAGAGAGGCCGUCGCGGCAGACUCAGCCACUACAGCAGAGAGAGAAAGUUAUAGGAUGGAAACACAAGCAGAAGAAAUGCUGACCACAAUAUUUGAAGGAACUAAAGUGGUUUAGUUGCCAAACUGUACAAAACCUGUUUUUGAAUAUGAUCUGAACAUCUGCAGAGUCUUAGGAACAUUCUGGUCUGGUUCAUUCAACCUGUCUGUUUAAAUACUAAAGAUUAGUGCGCAGUGUGCUCCUGUUAUUCAUACUAAUAAUGAAUCAAAGCAUGUUAAAGUUUACAGCUGUGGUCAGAAAAAGGCAUGCAGAGUAUAUGAUUGGUAGGAUAAUAUAAUGUUUGGUUUUUAUUACGUAUGAAUGAGUCGUACUAACAUCUCUCUCUUUCUCAAACACUCAACUGAAUUUCUCAGUCUCAAUCCUCUGCAGUCACAUAUAUAAAACAUGUUUUAAUAUAUGUGACUGCAGAUGUAAAGAAGUGAUUUUGUCUCAGAUUUUCUAACCCUCUGAUCUGUUUUUAUAAAUAUAUGGCCUUACUGUGAUUGCCACUCUUUCCUACUGGAUGUAAAUGCCAAUACAUAAAUAUAUAUAGUCAAGUUUUCAUCUUUUGAAACGUGUAUUUGUCUCUGUAACACUCACCUGACGGUGCUGAUGGAACAGAAAAAUAAAGAAAUCCAACAUUGUUUACA